AUGAGGAACAACCGCCCAUGGGGGCGAGGAUCCUGGAGGAGGCGGUGGCUGCUGCAAGGUCAGUGCCAGAUCCUGUCCUGGCCCCAGGGGGGCACACUGACCUUCACAGCCCCAACCACCAUUGUCGCCACCCUGGGGUCCCAGUCCACCUAUCCUGACUCCUGUCCCAGGACCCCUACUCACGACCCCACUGACCUCAGCUCUGGGCUACCCAGUCCACCUUCGGCCUCUCUGAGCCCUGAGCCCCUGGACCCAUGGCCCCAAGUGCUGGGAGAUAAAGGGGUGGACAACCAGGCCCUUGAGAACCCUCAGGGUGCCAGGGCUCUGGACAGCGAGCCCCUGCUGGGGGCCACAGCUGCAGCCCACCCCUGGGCUGGGCCCACAGGGGAGGAGGAGUGCCCCAUCUGCACAGAGCCCUAUGGGCCCGGUGAGCACUGCCUGACCUUGCUGAACUGUGGCCACGGUCUGUGCUCAGGCUGCCUGCACCAGCUGCUGGGCACACCCCCCAGCACUGACAUGGGCCAGGUGCGCUGCCCCCUGUGUCGCCAGAAGACGCCCAUGCUCGAGUGGGAGAUCUGCCAGCUGCAGGAGGAGUUGCUGCAGGCUGAUGGGCCCCAGCACCCCCCGCCCCCGACACCCCCCUUGCCCCCCCGCCGGGGCCCCGGGGCCUGGGCCUCCCUAGAGCACCGCUACCAGCUGCGCUUCCUGGCGGGGCCCGUGGGUGGCCGGGGCUGCCUGCCCUUCCUGCCCUGCCCACCCUGCCUGGGUGCCCGGCUCUGGGCCCUGCGGGAGCGGGGACCCUGUGCCCGCCGCCUGGCACUGCUGGGCCUCCUGGGCCUUGAGCUGCUGGGCCUCCUGCUGGUCUUCACACCGCUCAUGCUACUGGGGCUGCUGUUCAUGCUGCUGGACCGCUCAGGCCACUGAGCAGGGCCUGUCACACCUGCUACCGGGCGCCACUGGGCCUGGAGGCCUGAUGACCAGGCUGAAAACCCAAGGCUGACCAGGCACUCAUCUUCAAUCAAGACCCAAGAUUGGGACCCAGGGCCCCCCAGAAGCCUGUGCUCAGCCCCUGCCCCCCAGACAGUGACCACCGGGGCCCAAGGACGGCGUUGGAGAUCUGUGACCAGGGCCCAAGUGCUGCUCAGUGGACGGGCAUCACACUGCCGCUGGGCUGUCUCCCCUCUCCCCCGCAGUGCACCCCAGUCUGUCUAUGAGAGGGACACAGCAGACACGGAACUGAACAGAGUCCUGGCAGGGAGUCAGUUCCUCAGAGAAGGCGGGGCUCUGGGCAGGGGCUGCAAGCCCCCCCAUCUGCCCAUGUCCCAGAUAAGGGCCAAUGUGAGGGGAGGGCCCUUCCUGUGCACAGAGGGCCUCCUCACUGGCCAGGUCAGGACUCAAGGGGGCGUCCCCGAGUGGCUGGCGGUCUGGCACAUGCCCCUGAGCUGCAAGGGACAAGGGCCCAGCCAGGCUUUGGAGCUGAGGCCCCUGCCUGCCUGCAACCUCACAUGGCCGAGCCUGGGGCCUUUAUCUGAAGGACAGAGACAGUCACAGCACCACCUCAUGGGCUUGGGGGUGACAUGCUGGGCGCUGUGCCUGGUCCAGAAAAUGGCUCUCAGUAAACAGCAGCAGCUACUG